CACCGGUGCGGGGUAGACCGCUUCACUUCCAGGAAGGCCAACACACAAGUGCAACGACCUAGAUAGAUCCGGUGAGAGUAUGCGCCAAGAAACUCGUGGCUGUUGGGAGAGAGAGGAUGACAAAACAGCUAAGGAAGAGUGGUAGCAAGAAGGAAUUUUCGAGCGGCAUCGACUUGCUUUCUUAUCAACAUCAAUUCCAUCGAAUACCCUUCAACCAGCCGAUGUUGCAUAUUUUUGGAGACCAUGGCGACGCUGCUGUUAGUUGUACUGCUUCUGUUUGGUGUUACUCCCGCCCAGAAAUUGGGGUUUAACCACGAUCUCCUCCUCAACCUUUCCCACCUCUGGAGCUUCUUUCACCUUUUCGCCUUGAUAAUCGGUCUGCCAUUCGACUCCUACUGUGGACCCAUCCUUAUGCUGCCGCCAGGACUGGUCGAGAUAACCAUUGCCGACCCAGCAUCUUCCUUUCUUUCACCGUCGUCGCCGUUGCCUUUUUCACUCAAUCGUCCACGCCAUGUAGUCACAGUCUACCAAUGUCACCGUCAUUGGGAACUAUCUGAGCUCAAGUUCCCCGUCUCUACGACCAUCCGUGCAGCGUAUCCGACUGCAACAACUUUGAAACACGUCGCAUCUCAAACAAUUGAUCCUUGCUUAAUUUACCCGAUUCGUCAUGGUCAUCGACUGCACCGUCUUCGUGCACCUCAGCUUAAACAGACAGGUUAUUGAUCUUCACAGUCAGGAUCUGUGGGAUGAUUGCGCAUCUUCUCGGCACUCUUCCUCAGGAGGAGCAACCGGAAGGCGUUGCGCAGCACCAUCCGCUCACUCCUUUGCACUUCAUGCGAUCAGCGCCC